AUGUCUCCUAGUUCUAACCAGGAAGAAGACAAAUCACGCAGUCCUAAUAGUCUACAUAAAACUAUUGAUGGUGAAGACGGUCCUGACAACACUUCAAUAGCUUCAUCCGAAUCACAGCAAAAUGAUUCUCGUGAUCUGCAUCAAGUUAAACCAUUGAAUCGAUCAGAAUCACCAGUGUAUCCGGCAGAUUCACCAUAUACUGCAUUUCCACCCCACAUUCAUCGCCAAGAAUCGCAUCAUAGUUCCAAAAGUUCAAGACGUGUGCAUGAACCUCCAAAUGCUAUACUUGGUCCCUUGGCUGAUUUGGAACGAAGUGUAUCUUCAUUUGAAGAUUUGGAAGGACAACGAUCGCAAAUGACUAGACAACGAUCGCAAAUGACUAGACAACGAUCGCAAAUGACUAGACAACAAUCAGCAGUCACUUCAGCAUCGAAAAAAUCACUUCGAGUAUCUAGAAAGGAAAAACGAGGAUUGUUGUCAAGUAUGGUUGUUGUCCCCGAGUAUCAUGAUGCUCGUGAUUACCCACAAAAGAUUAAAUAUCUUAUUGUUACAAUCAUUGCCUUGGCUUCAAUCACUGGACCCAUGGGCACUUCAAUUAUGUUGCCAGCAAUUGAUGAUAUUGUUGAUAAACUACACACCACAAAUUCCGAAGUCAACGUGUCAGUUGGUGUUUACUUACUUUCAUUGGGUAUUUUCCCACUUUGGUGGUCAUCAUUCAGUGAACGCUUUGGGAGACGAUCAGUUUAUCUUGUGAGUUUUGUGUUUUUCGUUGCAUUUUCCAUAGGAACUGCAUUAGCUCCCAACAUUUCCGCAUUGAUUGUGUUGCGUGUUUUACAAGGCGGUUCGUCAGCUUCAGUUCAAGCUGUCGGAGCAGGAACAAUUGCUGAUUUAUUUGCUCCUCAUGAAAGAGGUAAAGCUAUGGGGUGGUAUUAUCUUGGUCCUUUAAUGGGUCCAUUUUUGGCUCCUAUUUUGGGAGGUGCUGUUUCUCAAGCAUGGGGAUGGAGAGCAACUCAAUGGUUGUUGUUGAUUUUUGCUGCUUGUAAUUUGUUAUCUAUGGCAUUCCUUUUGCCAGAGACAUUGAGAAGAGUUGACAAUUUACAAGCGAUUAAAGCAAUGAUGCAUCAACAAGAAAAUACCAAUGAAGAUGAUGAAAAGAGCAAUUUGUCUCACUCAGGUGACGAGGAAGAUCAACGUUCAUCUAGCGAAGGUAGCUUAUCAGAAAAGCGUGUGCGCAAACAUGAUCAGCAACAUCAACAACAACAACCAGAAGACAUAUCUGAUACCGAGUUACAAAGAGUUGCCACAAAUUUAAGCAGACGGUCAGUUGCAGCCUCCAUCAAUUCCCAUUUUGAAGGUGAAGACGACGAUGGACCCGUGGUAGACCCCGUUAUGCCCACAUUAUCACGAUUAACAACAAAUAGAUCAAAUUAUUCACGUCGAUUACAACAGCAAUAUAUAUCUGAAGAAGUUCGUCGAUCAGCAUCAAACGUUCCAUCACGAGUUGCAUCAAGGAGCACACUAGCAUCAGCAACUCCUCCACAAGAUAGCAAUGAUAAAUGGGCUAAAUUCAAAACCAACUCCUACGAUCUAUUUGUGCGUCCAUUACAUUCAACCCUCCUACUCAAACAUCCACCAGUUAUACUAGUCAUUUUGUUCUCUGGGAUUUCAUUUGCCCUCAUCUAUUUUUUCAAUUUAGCCAUUUCAUACGAAUAUUCACGAUCGCCAUACAAUUUCUCGCAAAUCAUUGUUGGGUUAAUGUAUAUCCCCAAUUCAGUCACCUACCUCGCCGCAUCAAUGAUUGGCGGUCGUUGGAACGAUUAUUUACUCAACAAAUACGCCGAAGAACACGGUGAAUUAGUUCCUGAGUCGCGUAUUUCUUGGAACAUUGUCCUCGCUUGUGUACUUUACCCCAUUGCAUGUUUGAUUUUCGGCUGGACUAUUAAAUAUGGUGAAUUUUGGGUCGUUCCGUUGAUUGGAACUGCCAUUUGUGGAUUUGCGUCAAUGUUGGUGAUUGGAGCUACCGUCACCUACCUUGUCGAUACGUUACCGGGAAAGGGCGCUACUGGUGUAGCGUUGAAUAAUUUGAUUCGACAGAUUUUGGCGGCAAUUGCUACGUUUAUUGUGGAGCCUUUGUUGCGAGCUAUUGGACCUGGUAUUUUGUUUAGUAUCUUGGCGGGGAUUUUGAUUGUUGCUACGCUUAUUUUAGUUUAUUUGAAACGAAAGGGGGCUUAUUUUAGAGAGCAUUAUGAUUUGAUGCUUCUUUAUGAUAAAUUAUAG